AUGGAUACAGUUGCUGUUGCUAGUGGUGUUAACUUAUCUGCUCAAAUUAAUUGUAUACCCAUGCUUAAUGGGACAAACUUUAAGGCCUGGAAGGAAGCAGUUGAGAUAAUUCUUGGCUGCAUGGAUCUUGAUCUUGCACUUCUGGCUGAGAAACCCACUCCAACUUCGGAAAACCCGAAUGAGGAUAAGGUUGAAAAGUGGGAAUGCUCAAAUCGAAUGUGUUUGAUGAUCAUGAAGCGAUCUGUUCUAGAAGUUUUGAGGGGCUUUAUAUCUGAGAGCCAAAAUGCUAAAGGUUUCCUUGAUGCUAUUGAGCAGUAUUUCACCAGUAAUGAGAAAGUUGAUGCAAGCAAUUUGCUUGCUAAACUUAUCUCUAUGAGAUACAAAGGUAAAGGAAACAUAAGGGAGUACAUUAUGGAAAUGUCUAAUCUCGCGUCAAAACUAAAAGCACUAAAGUUAGAGUUGUCUGAUGACUUGCUCAGGAGGAAAGGCAACUAA